UGGAAACCCUUAUUAGUGAUCACUCGUAUAGUCACCCUUUCACCCCCACAGCCUUGCCGUCUCGGACGAAGCAAGGGCUUCGGGUAACCAUGUUCGGGACCCCGUCGGCUUCGUCAACGCCGGCCUUUGGCACGCCUUCUUCCGCUCCUGCCUUCGGUUCUUCUCCGUCUUUUGGCACGCCUUCUUCGUCUCCGGCUUUUGGAGCGCCUUCUUCCGCUAUGGCUUUCGGCGCGCCUUCUUCCGCUCCGGUCUUCGGCACCGCUUCGUCCACUCCAUCCUUCAUCACUCCUACCUCAAGUCUGCCGUUCGGUACACCUCCUUCCACACCUGCCUUUGGUACGCCUUCAUCCAUGCCCGCAUUUGGAGCGCCUUUGUCGGCGCCAGCCCCUUCCCCCCUUUUUCCACAGCAGUCGCAGCAGCAGCAUUUUACAAUCCAGCCGGCCUCCCUCCCUUUUGGAAAUCCUCAGAUAACGACUCAAAUGGCUCCCGUCGCUCCCGUCCGGCUUUCCCUCGCUGAUCGAGACAUCCACGCAAUCAUAGAUGCUUACAAGGAUGAGCCGGGGAAUCCUAAGUACUCGUUUAGGCAUUUGCUGUUAAGCGUCACAGAUCAUGCCGCACGGGUGAAACCGUUUGGUGCAUCUGAUAUCUCCUGGGCAGAGGCAAUGAGGAAGCUGGAGGGAAUGGACAGUUUAGAUAGAGACAGGUUGUGGCCUCAACUUGUACAGGGCUUUAAAGAUCUAUCCGAUCGCCUCAAGCUUCAGGAUGAAGUUAUUAUUUCGGAUGCUGAGAGGCUGAAAAUGACACAAGCUAAUGUCAAGCUAGUUAGUCUCAACAAUUUUGUGCUCCAAAGACAUUUUCAAGCAGACAGUUUUCAGUGGAUUCAAAGAUUGAAACAGAAAGAACAAACACUUCUGAGGCGUCUUUUGAGGGUUAUGAGGAUAGUGGAAGCUCUGGAGAGUAAGGGUUACAGGAUACCUCUGAUGAAAGGUGAAGCUGAACUGUCUGAGAAGUUGGCUGCAAUCACAAGACAACUGAAAGGUCCUGGAACAGAGUUAUCGAGAAGGGUACAUAAUCUUCUUUCUAUAACCCGCAUGCGUGCUAACUCUGGUGAUUUCAGAGAUUCCAUCCAUAUUCUAGGGUCAGCAAAGUUGCAGGAGCAAAGCCUUUGUGACUUGCAAGAGGCACUUCAACAAGAAAAUGAAGCGAUUGCUAGGUUGGGCAAUGUCUUGAAGCGAGAUGUGAGAGAUUUGGAGAUCAUCAUGUCUGAGGGCACGGAUAUGUUGGAAGAUGGUAGGCAGAUUUUGAAGAUCCAAUAGUUUAUACUUAGUGUUCCCCCAAAAUUGACUUUACUGCUAGGAGGCAGCAGAAGGAAAUGAAAUCAGACUGUACAGUGAUGAAGAGGAUGAAAGUAUGCUAAUUCAACUCAGCUAAACAUCCUUCUAUUUUGACAAUACAUUUUUCACUUCGGACCACUUCAAAAAGUUUCUAACAUAGAGUUGACAAAGUCUUUGGUAAUUCUAUUAACAGAAUGUUAUCUACUAUGAUUCUGUUACACCUACUUUUUUUUUAUUUUCAUUUUAGUCUAUUUAAGAUUUUUUGGAAUCUUAGCCAAAUAGUACGUUAUGAAUUCCCCUUGCGAAAAUGCAAUCUUUCUGUCAUAUAAUAGAUAUCCUGCUAGUUGUUUC